UAGCGUGCUUCAUUUUGAGGCGGUAAGACAUUGUAUUUACCACAAGUGAUUAUCGUUAUGAGACACACAGUUUGCAGAUUAAUUUCUAAUCUGUGUUUUGUGAACCUACAUGACCGAUGUCUCCCUUUUUACAACAAGCUGGACUUGUAUUUUCUUGACGUUCUAUUGAAUUAUUGCUGAUAUCAAAUGAAGUAUAGAUGUGCAGUGUAGUCAAGCGACCCUCGGCAUGUUAAAGAUGAUUCAGGUGUCUGGAUCAAGUGACUGUCCCAGCAGAGUGUCCGAUCAUAGUGGACUGCUGCAUCAUCUGCUAGGCGCUCUCAAUCGUAUGAAUGGCAAAGAAUUGGCAACGAGUUUGUGGGUGCGUUGCCAUGAGAUCAUAUUGCCCAGACCUAGUAGGACUCGUCUGCUGAAAUUGUUUUUAUUAUUUUAUUUUUUUUUCUCUCCGCUCUGAGGUUCAAUUUUGGCACCCAUUCACUUGCAUUGUGUGGCCCUACAAUCACAACUCAGCAUAAAAGUAAUCCUAAGACUCCAGUGGUUAAAUCCAUGUCUUCAGAAGUGAUAUGAUGGGUGUGGGUGGGAAUUGAAUCCCUUUCACAUUUGUGGUUUUGGUGGUUCUCAUUCUUCAUGCAUGCUGCUCCCUACUAGGCAAAAAGAACCAUUUCUAGCUAAACUGCUUCAAUAUGAUCCAUUUCUCCAACACUUGCCAUAUAACUUCAGCACUGAUUCAAAGUGAUCCACAUGUUUAUCACUCUGGUUCCUCCAGUGAAAUGUCCAGUCAUUGACAUCAUCAGUGGUCGGGUAUCCCCACAAGAGGUUGUGUUUGACACCAGUGUUCAGAUCACGUGCUCCCCUGGAUUCAAACUGAGCGGAGCAAAUCAACUCCACUGUGGACCAGAUGGUUCCAGGACACCAAAUGUUCCCAACUGUGAGCCGGUGACUUGUUCACCACCUGUGGUGGAAAAUGGAAUGAUAAAUGGAGAGAGGCCAUGGUACAAACCCAAAGACACUAUGAUCAUCAUGUGCAGGAGGGGCUUUAUGAUUGGCUCACCACACAUCACGUGGACUAGAUGGCCAGUGGCAAACCUUGCCCCAUUCUCAAUCAGUGGCGAAAACCUUAACAUGUAUGGUCUUUGAC